CAUUGGCCGUCGGUGUGAUGUGUUAUGUGUUACAUGUAUGUCACAUGUAUGUUACAUGUAUGUUACAUGUAUGUUACAGGGGGUCAGUGCCGCUCCGUGCCCGGUGCCCCCCCCCUCUGCCGUUGCCGUCCGGGGUUCAUUGGCCGUCGUUGUGACCGGAACCUGGACGAGUGCAGCCCGAACCCAUGUGCCAACGGGGGCACGUGCCAGGACGGCGUCAACGCCUUCCACUGCGCAUGCACGCUGGGCUACGCCGGGCGGCGCUGCCAGCGCCGCGCCGACGCAUGCGCGUCGGGGCCCUGCCUGCACGGGGCCACGUGCUACACGCACAUCUCCGGGCACGUGUGCGCGUGCGCGGCGGGGUACAUGGGCGCGCUGUGCGAGGAGGCGGUGCCAGCCCGGGCCACGCCCCCUCCCCGAGGCCACGCCCCCCUCGUGCUGGGCUGCGCCGUGCCCGCGGCCCUGCUGCUGCUGAUGGUGAUCGUCGGGAGCGCGCUCGGGGCGGCCGGGAGGCGCCCCCGCCCCCCCCCGCCGGGGGGAGCUCCGGUGCUGAGCGCCCCGGGCCGGGAGCAGCGGAUCGGGCCCUCGGCCACGCGGGUGUGAUCGGCGCCGCUGGAUCCGCUCCGGACCCCCCCGCGAUGGAUCCCCCCAAU